AUGGAUGAAUUCGACCUUGUCAUCACCAACGGUGUCUGCGUCACAGCGACAGACGUCGCGCCGCUCGACGUCGCCGUGAAAGAUGAGAAGAUCGUCCGUUUGGCGCCGUCGGGGUCGCUCAAGGCAUCCCGUACCAAGCGGCUGAUCGAUGCGGAGGGUGGUUUCGUGACGCCCGGCGGCGUAGAUUGCCAUGUGCAUCUACAAGAGCCCAGCAUGUUCGGCAAGGGAUCCUCCGCAGACACGUACGAGACUGGCACGCGCUCCGCCAUCGCUGGCGGGACGACCACGGUAGUAGCUUUCGCGCCGCAACAGAAGAGCCUCGAUUCGGUGCUGACAGCGCUCGCGAACACUCACGAGCUGGCGCGGGACAACAGCUACUGCGACUAUGGUUUCCACCUGCUGGUGGCGAACCCUUGCGCCCGAGCCCUCUCCGAGUUUCAACAGCUUGCCAGCACAGAGGGCGUGACGUCGCUCAAGAUUUACAUGACGUAUGAAGCGCUGCAGCUGCGCGACAACGAGAUCCUGAGCGUCCUGCUCGAGGCGCGCCGGAACUCCAUCCUCACCAUGAUCCACGCCGAGAACGGUGACGUGCUGGCAUGGCUCACGGAGCAGCUCGAGGCUGCCAAGCUAUUCGCGCCCAAGUACCACGGGCACUCGCAUGCGCCGAUCCUCGAGUCCGAGGCGACCAAUCGUGCUAUCGCGCUGAGUUCGCUCGUCGCCGACACCCCGAUCCUGCUCGUCCACGUCAGCGAGCCGGCAGCGGCGCUGCGGAUCCGGGCGGCGCAGACGGCAGGCCAGCCCAUCUUCGCCGAGACAUGCCCCCAGUACCUGUUCCUGACGCGUGACGACCUGGACCAGCCGGGCUUCGAGGGUGCCAAGUGCGUAUGCGCGCCUCCACCGCGGGAUGCCGAGGAUCAGAAGGCCAUCUGGCGCGGCUUGCGGAACGGCACGUUCGCCCUCCUGAGCUCGGAUCACUGCCCAUUCCGAUUCGACGAUGCCGAGACGGGCAAGAAGACGUGCCUGUCCGAGGAGUAUCCCGUCGGCAGGUUCCGCCACAUUCCCAACGGGAUCCCCGGUAUCGAGACGCGGUUGCCACUAGCCUUCUCGGCGCGCAAGAUGGAGAUGACCAAGUUUGUCGAGGUGACGUCGACGAACGCGGCCAAGCUGUACGGCCUGUACCCGAGAAAAGGCAGCCUGAUCCCGGGCGUGUCCGACGCCGACCUGGUCGUGUGGUAUCCCGACGGCGCGCUGGGGGACAUCACGUUGACCAAUGACAUUCUGCACCACGAUGUAGACUACACGCCGUACGAGGGGCGGAAGCUACAGAACUGGCCGCGUUUCACCAUACUGCGCGGCAGAGUAAUGUGGGAUAGAGAUGGAGGAGGGGUUGUGGGGGACAAGAGCUACGGCGAAUUCUUGAAGCGCCAGAAGAGCACCCUAAACGCGAUUUGGGACACGGUGCAGGAAGAAGGUCCUUUUGAUCUGGAGAAGCUGUAG